AGGCCUCUAGUUCUUCUACGAUUAAGAACAUUAUAAAUUGAGACUACGUGGAGUUCAGCCGCCACAUACAGAUCCUGGGGCUGCGUUCGAAGAAAACUAGGGCAUCAAACUAUUGUCAUCGCGACGAUAUUAUUCAGGAACACGCAUCAAACAGGCAUCUGAAUCAUUAUUGUUUUAUUUCGAUCCGUGGAAACGAGCAUGGCGGGUGGAAAUUUCAUGCACAGAGUAGUUUCUUACCUCGUGAAUGAGGUUCUCGUCAACAGUCUUGCGAACAGCCGUUCAUUUCAAAGGUUUGCCGUGAGAACAUCAAAGCAAAUUGAGGAUAUAUCUACCAAGGCUGCCCAGAAGAAGCAAGAACUUGCAGAACAGAUGAAAGAUCUCUCCAAAAAUUUUGAGUCUUUCAAGAACCAAUAAUGCCAGAGCGGAACGUGUUAUUACAGCAUGAUGUACAUCCUAUGCCAAAAUCCAAUCUUAUUUUGCACGUUUUGACAUAAUUGCAGCUGUACUUAUAGUGGUCGUAGAGUUGUACUUCAAAAGUUGUUCACGGCCUCUUUUCAUAUAUUGAAUAAUUCUAUGACAGUCUAUUUUAGAUCUGUACUUGGACAACGGUUAGUCAACGAUGCCUAUGUUUGAAGCCAAUUUUUCCCUUCAACUGUA